CAAGGCCGCAGCAGGAGAAGGAGGCACAGUACGAGCAUCUGCCAUGGCAGGAUCCAGUCCUGCACCUGGAGGACGACUUCUUAUAACAGCAUCCGUAGCAGAAAACUUUCCCAUGGCCAUCAGACUCGGGACCCCAAUCGAUCAGGGUUGACAAAGACAGAUGGAUCUGGAUGGAAUAAGGAAUCAGCUGAGACACCCUAGAAGAAACCUGGCAUCCAGUUCAUAACGCGCAACGGGCACUCUUCUUCUACCGCAACAAUCCAAGAAAAAGCCCCAACAAAGACAGAUCUACAAGAUUCCAAUCUGAAGAUCUAGGGGAUGGAGGGUGGGAGAAGACGCGAGAGGAGGCUAAUCCGCGGAGGAAGGAGGGAACAGGAAACCGAACACGACGGCCGAAAUCACCGGCGAUGAGAAAAGCGGCGGCAACACAAGGUAGCGAAGGAGAGUUAUCUUCAAAUUGAGGAAUCAAGAAGUCGUGUGGGAGACUGGAAAAUAGACGAUAGAGACGAACAGAUUAAGCGCGAGGGGAUAGAAGUGGAGAAGAAAGAAAGGGGAUCAAAUCUGGGAAGAAAUUGGAAGGGAAGAAUCAGAAUUCAGGGACAGAGAUACGGCAUGAAGCCAGUCGCUUGCUAACCACUUCAAUGUGGGACAGGCCGCUCGCGCCCCUCUCCUCGUACAGCUCCGGGAUCUCCACGCCGACGAGGCCGACGCUGACGAUUUGCUCCCUGCGGGCCUCACGGUAGCGCUCGUGGCCUCGCCAGUCGUCUGUCGCCGUCGCGCACGCCCGCAUCCCCUCCGUCCCUCCUCUUACCCCGUCGCGCGCACACGAGCCGCGCCGCCUCCAAGGGGGUCGUCCGCCUGCCCGUUGGCCCUGUCGUCUACCCCGCGUUCCCGUGCGUGGAGCCGGUGCUCUUGCUUCCACACCCCUCGCUGCCCUCCUCACCCUCGCCGUCAGGUCUCAAUCCCCGGCCGAAUCAAAGGCGGCCCACUCAAGAUUUGACAAGUGGACGCAGAGAUAGCAGGGGAGCCAAUGCCUUGUUUAGUUGAUACACGAUCCAAGAUAAGCCUUGGAGUUGGAGAUGAAUUGGUUACUUCAGUGCCAGAUAAAAAGGACUCACUCUGCCAACAAGAUGAUCAGUCACAGGGUGAUGAUACGCCGACAUCUUCAGGGCCGGAUCUACCCGAGGAUAUCUGGUGCCUUGUACAUUCCCUAAUGCCAUUGUGUGAUUCUGCCCACUCUGCCUGUGUCUCUCGCACAUUUCUACGUUCUUGGAGAUGCCACCCCAAGCUUAUCUUCACUGAGGAAACACUAGGCUUGAAACGGACGGAAGCAAGGGAUUUCACUAGCAGAGUUAAUCAAAUUCUGAAAAAUCACUCAGACACCAGUGUGAAGAUACUUGAGUUUGUAUUUGAUGAUUGUAACAAUGUCAACACAUGUCAUCUAAAUAGUUGGCUCCAGAAAGCUGUCACGCCAGGGAUUGAAAAAAUCACCCUUUUUCUGCCUUGGCGAUAUAGGGAAGAGUACAACUUCCCGUGCUCAAUUUUACUUGAUGGGCGUGGAAACUCAAUUUGUUAUCUUGACCUCACCAAUUGUGCCUUCCAUCCCAUGGUUGGAUUUGAUUGCUUGAGAAGCCUGACAAAGCUGCGUCUCUAUGGAGUUUGUAUCACGGGGGAUGAGUUGGGGCAUCUUAUUUCCAAUUGUUUUGCUUUGGAGGAGUUGCAAGUCUGGUGUUGCAUGGAGCUAAUCUGCUUGACGAUACCAUUCUGGCUGCAGCGGCUUAGUUGUUUGACUGUGUCAGAGUGCAAUAUGCUGCGAGUGAUAGAGAGCACAGCUCCAAACUUCACCACUUUAGACUUCUUUGGUGAACCAGUACAACUCGUGCUUAGAGAAUCAUCAAAGGUCAAACACUUGAAGGUGGGGUAUUCAUAUAAGCCCAAUGCUGUAAGUUAUGCUAUCACUAAGCUACCUUCUAUUGCGCCACAUCUUCAGACUCUUGCUAUAUACUCGUCUUCUGAGACGGUUAAUACCCCAAUGGUAGCUGACAAAUUCCUUGACAUAAAGCACUUGAAUAUUCACCUUGGUGAGGAUGAUGAUGAUGCUGUUACCCCGACCUAUGAUUAUUUAUCCUUGGCUUCGUUUCUGGAUGCUUGUCCUGUCCUGGAGAGUUUCACCUUAAGUGUAGAUCAGAGUGAUAUGCAGCAUGAGUCGGUUUUUGGAGAUCCCUCCUUAUUUUUGAGGCAGAUUCUUCAACACGAGCAUGAGAGGCUCAAGAAGGUGCAGAUCAUUGGCUUUUGCUCUGCAAAGAGCAUGGUGGAGCUAACAUGUGAUAUUCUCAAGAAUGCAACAUCACUUGAGAGCCUCACACUGGACUGUAUAUUUGGUGCCGGUACGGGGGCGAUUAGUGAUUCUGUUAGGUGUGGUCCCUCAAAAUCCGGUAAAUGCUGGAUCAGAAGCCGAGCUAUGAUCUUGGAAGCACAUAAAGCAGUUGGUGCCAUCAAAAGAUACAUCCUGGAGAGAGUUCCCCCUGCAGUCAAGUUAAAUGUUGGGGGGCCCUGUAGCCGGUGCCAAGCUAUGAAUGUGAUGCUACCGUAAUUAUCCAAUGUUUAGAUUUGCAAUGUUGUAGAUGUCAUUGUCAUUGUUUAGUGUUAUAGCUAGUAUAUGCAACGCCCGAAUGUGUUGUCAGAAUUUUUCUAUGCUAUGCACCUUAUUGGCGUCUUUUAACACUGCAAGUUGAUUGUUACUCCACCUUGAUUAGAGCUAAGGCUAGCUAUGCAAAUACAUUUUGGUCUGUUUGGUUCCAAAGUAUUCUUAAGUAUUCGAAGAAUACCAAAGUAUCUUGAAAAACUAUAUGAUACAUAAUAAGUGUCGUAAUUUGGGACUAAGGUUGAACUAACCUGAAUUGAAAAUUGCCACACUUAUUUGGAUCAGAGGGAGUACCUGUUUGGAAGCAAUGAUAACACCAGUUUUUCGAA